UUCGCCAGUCACGGCCGCGUCAGUGAUCCGACGACGAUCGGAGCCGGUGUUUAGCGUCAACCGCGGGGAACACUUUCUGCGUUUUAUGAUAUUAAAUUAAUAAUAUUAUCAUCGUUUUCUAGCCGGUCGCGCCGUCGGUUCUGCCUUGAAAACACAGUCCGAACCAGUCGGCACACGACUGUUGUCAUAAUACAUAACUUCUCUCGUAAAACAAUAUUAUUAUCGUUAACGCGCGACCGUUCGCUGACGGUCGACUGAUGAGUAAAUCGCCGGCGACGAACAGCUCGCGAUAACCACUCUGUUUCGCGCACAAGGUAUAAUUAUGGUGCAGCGGCAGCAAGUGUGUGGAAGUGAUCGAAAGCAAUCGCUAAACCAACGUGAUCCGCUGUUUUCCGUUCGGAUCUUUAACGUCGCCGUAGUGUAAUGAUGGCACGAGCGUACGUGACCGUAUGGAUUGUAGCAUGGGCGGCAGCCUCCAUCGUCGGUGCGAAGGUGAUGAAAUGCUGUCCCAGGGACAUGAUAUUGGCGAUUGACACGUUCUCGUGCACGGGCUUCGUCACCGACGACCAGAACCAGCGCGAGUCGUACGCUUUUUCGUCUUCGGACGACUCGGUCGCGACCACAGCACCAGAAGAAGUGGCGUUGUCCGUCUCUAAUAGCAGCUCUAUACCAUGGUGGAUACCGCCCUACAUGGAGUUCCUGCAGGCAUCAAAUCUGUCGGAGCAGUUCGAACCGGACGGCGGGUCGUUUGACUCGGACGGCGACAUGCCUUGCGAAAUGGGCUCCCGGGAGAUGACCGUCAUCGACGACGACGUGGCCGUGCUGGACGACGGGCGUCUGGUCAUGUUCGGACAGGAAAACCGGUCGGCCGGCGCGUACGAGCGUCUGACGUUCUCCAGCGCCGAGUACUGCAUCGACCGCGUGUCACUGGUAGACGCCAUCACGCCGAACAACAAUCACAGCCACAAGACGACCACCUCGACCACUACCACGACCACGACCACGACCACGACCACGACCACGACCACGACCACCGCCGCUACGAUGACGACGGCCAAGGACAACUCGUCGGCCCCCGCUGAAACGCCAUCCAACUACACGUACGUGGCGCUGGUGUGCCGGCCGUGCUCGAGGAUGACGUGCGUGCCGAAAUGCUGUGGUAAGGGCCUCAUGCUCGCGUUUCAGAAGCACAACAAGAGCGACGUCAUCGGGUGCCGAAAAGUGCAGUCCGUGGACAACGCCACCGCCGCGAUACACCUGCAACUUGCCGACGGCACAGAACUGCGGCGUAAGGACCUCUACUUCUUCGGCCUGAAGCCACCGAAUUGCGGUACCCGAGGCUGGUACCUGCUCGGAGCGGACACGAAAAAGGGUAACGCCGUCGCAAUAAAACAAGAGAACGGGAUCCCAAAAAAGCAGGCGGGCUAUGGUCUGCUGCCAGACGGCCGCGUGCAGGUGGACGGCGGCCUGUUGCCCAUCGAGCGUGAAGACUAUUGCGUGGACGCGAUGCAGGCCGAGCCGAAGACGUCGCCGCCCACGUACACGGGUGUGAUGCUCGCCUGUCGACUGGCCGCCGGUGUCGCCGACGCAGUCGGCCCUCUCAAGUUCCGCGAGAUACUGUACGGCGCCUACUUCGUGGUCGGCACGAUUUUCCUGGCCGCCACGCUGCUCAUAUACGCCGUGCUGCCCGAACUUCGCGUCACCGUCCACUCGGGCAACCUGAUGGCGCACACUGUCUGCCUGUUCGUGUCAUACGCCACGCUGGCCGCCACUACGCUCGUCCGCCAAGUGUUCAAUCAUUGCGCAUGCGUCAUUGCCGGUUUCGUCAUACAAUUUUCAUUCCUUGCAGCAUUUUUCUGGCUAAACGUCAUGUGUGCAGACAUCGCAUGGACAUUUAGUGGAUUCAGACUACUUUUGUCCUCAAAUAAAAUUGAAAACGAGAAGAAAAAAUAUGUUAUUUAUUCAGCUUAUGCGUGGGGCUGUAGCAUUGGAAUUACAAUUUUAACAGCUAUCGCGGAAUUCACCAAAUUAUUUGGCGAUAGUAGUUAUAAACCAAAUUUUGGCAAUUAUGAUUGCUGGUUUUCUAAUAAGUUGUCAGUCGGUGUAUUCUUUUAUUUACCAAUUGGGUUACUCCUAUCGACCAAUUUUAUACUGUUCUUGUUCACUGCUUUUAGAAUUGUGUUCAUCCGAAGGGGUACGUCAAAAGUAUUGAAUCGUCAAAAUAACCACAAUGAUAUGAGGUUGUCGCUGUACUUAAAGCUGUUCUGCCUGAUGGGCGUGACCUUCGUUUUCGAAGUGAUCUCGUGGGCGGUCGAGGCACCCGCUUACUACUGGUACGCAACGGACGCGAUCAACUCACUGCGCGGCGUGUUCGUGUUCUUCAUAUUCUGCUGGAAGCGUUCGGUGCUCAACCUGCUCCUGGCCCGGGCGCCCGAGCCGGCCCGCGAGCGGUUCGUCCGGGCGUUCGGCGUCCGCGAGCCGCACCGGUACCCGAGCUUCUCGUCGUCGUGCCAGCCCAACAACUUCGGCGCCGCCGUCCACACCAGCACGCGGACGCACAGCAGCGCAACGGCGUCGGCGCAGGCGGCCAACGGAUUGCAGCUGUCGCAGUUCGGCAGUUCGGCGUCGUUCGCGGCGCGCAGGAACUCGUCGGGGCGACAGUGACGACGCGACUCGUCGACCAACUAAGAUAAUAAUAUACAGAGGGAUCGUCGCGAAACGAUUGGCGGGCGUGCGGGGUGGUGUUUCUCUCGAAAUGUGUACAGCGCAUAGAUAAUGCACACGUGGAUAGUACACGAAUCGCGUUUACAUAAGUCAGAACGAAGAGCAUACUAUAAUAAUAUUCUCAUAUAGCUCCGUCUUCUGCACAUGAUCGUUCACUAGUUUCAAUAGUGUGCAGUUAGUUUUGAUGUUAGGUCCAUUCGCUCUGAGAUCAAAACUAAUAGCACACCAUUGAAACCAGUGAACGAAAAGUUUGGUAGUCAUACGUGUGUAAGACGGCGGCAACACAUGCGACGUGCUCUUAGGGUGGGUUUCCACUAAACACUUGUGCCGUGUACUCGAAAAAAGUUCAGCUAUGUCCUACAACACAGUAACAUGGUUAAUCGGGUGGUAACUUAACCAACUAAUCAUAGCAAAGAAUUUACGCGAAAGUCUAUGAUGAAACCCACUUUUAUAUACUAGUUACCAUAAAGCGGUUACAUGAAAUUGAGGUUGUGGUAUUAUGUAUUAAUAAACAACACUACUGUUAAUAAUAAUAUGUGGAAUGUCAACUUUAUGACAAAUUAUAUUAAUUAUAGUCAUUACAAUGAUAGGUUAGUAAAAGUUAAAAAAAGUUAUAAUAUUGAAAUUAACUUAAUACAAAAUCUGACAGACAGUGGAUUGAUAAAAUGUUUAUUUUAUCAUAAACGACACCCUUGUAAUAUAACCAUUAUGGUAACUAGUAUAUUUUUCGAACCCGGAUCAAGUGAGUUGGGUAUUGCACGAACGUUUUUAUGAAAAUAUGAAGUGUGUCGAUAAAAUUAUUUACAUACUUACCGAUAAUAAUAUAAUUACAUUUUUUUUUAAACCUUUAGAAUGACAAAAUAAAAAUAACAUACAUUGUAGGGCGUUGUCGUUUUGAAGAUUGUCGCUAAGGCAUAUCACAAAUUAUGCAUAUAUUUAUUGUGUCCCGAAAUAUUUAAGUCCAACGUCUGGGUGCAUGUAUAUAAUAUUUAAAUAGUCCAACGGUGCACAACGACUUGGCGUUUUACACAAUUAUCGAAUCGUUACCAGGCAUACUUUUCAAGGCCAAAAGCUGCAAAAACGUUAUUCUUUUUACAAAUAAUUUUUUCUAUAUAUGAACAAUAACUAAUAAGUGAUAAAAACAAUUGCAAUUCCUAGUUUAUUAUACAUAAAUAAACAUUUCUUUUUUGGUUUGUUCACGUCCUUUAGUGAAUCGGUUAUAGCACUAUAGCACUGGCCACCACUGCGUGUAUAUUUAUUAUAAAAAUGUCUUAUCCAAGUAAAUCUUAUCUAUGAUAGGUUGGCAGACUUACAGUAUUUUUUUUUUUUGCCUUUCUUUGCAACACUAUACAGUGCUCCCGCUAUCGGUCUGUUGCACCGGAUAAGAUAUCAUAUUAUAAUAUGUAGAUAAAUACUUACCGUGUAGCCAAAAGGUGAAAUCCGCCCAUAAGACCAUCACGGUACAUACUUUUAAGAAAACUUAUCAAUCCUCAUGUCGAGCCCUCUAUAUCUGAGUUCAUGGCCUCCGUUAUAAGGAUCACCGAUGACGGUUUUGUGGGGAGGGGGUACGCCCUACAGCAGAGUCUGCUGUGAACGUGUAUAAUAAGGGUCGCAAGACAGGUCUACACUCCACACCCCUCCACCACCGCUCAUCCCGUACGAAAUUUACGGUAAUAUACGGCUUGCAACCAUUAUUCCACAAUAUAUAA